AUGAUAUUUAAUCACAAAGAGAAAUUGCAAGAGAAAGAGACUCAUGAAGGGCUACCUAAAAAAUUGCUUGUCGGUACUCACAGCUCUUCAAAGGAUACAAACACGAAAGGCCAUGAUACGGUAACGAAAAACGAAGAAGAAAAUCAUCAUAAUCUCCCUGGAUCACACUUGUUCCAUGUACCACAUGAUGAGACGUCUUCGUCUGCUGAUGAUUCUCAUCAUCAUUUGCAUUUAGGUUUGAAAAAAGCAAUUAAUAUACACGGUCCUAGUUUAAAUAAUUCAAUUAUUCAUGGUUCUUCACAGAAUGAUACAACAACUACCACAGAAGGUUCAGAUAAUGUUACGGAUAUAAAUAAUUCCAAAGGAAAGAACGAUUUUUUGGAGAUUCCGAAACAUAGGAAACAUGGUGGUAGGAGACUAAUUAGCAAGAGGAAGAGUAAUUCAAUGGAUAGUCCAAGAGCUACUGAAGUAAUGGAUUUUACUUCAGAUAACAUUACUGAGAAGGAAAAGAAAAAAACUAAAAGACGGAAGAGUUUCUCUAUAAGAAGAUCAUUGGAGAAAGUCUCCAGGAGUAAUACAAAUACAAUUUCAAAGAGUGAAGAUGGCACCAAUAAGAAGAAAAGAAAGUUUAACCUAGGAUUACGUAAAUCAUUGGACAAAUCUCGUAGGAAUUCGUAUGGUAAUUCUCCUGCUACUGAUACUUACUCUCUAGAUGAAGAAUCAAAUAUUAUGGUUCCUGCAACUCCAAAGAUUGUUACCCAAACGAUACCUGAUAAUCCAGAUAGUCCCUCCACUCCAUUAAAUAAUAUCAAUUCAAAUGGAACAGAAAGCAUUGAAACUUCUCCCUUUUUCGAAAGAAAAUUAGUGAGAGCAUCAGUUCAUGUAAGAAGCAUUUCAGAUUCACAAUAUGAUGAAGAUAAACACUUAAUGGCCAAGGUCAAUAAAAAAUUAAAGGCACCUUCUCCAAGAAAGUUAGAAGAAUUGGAAGCUGCACGGCAUAAGAGCCACGUUGAAUCUUCGGAGAUAAAACAAUCAAUUCCCAAAUUUAAAAAGGAAUAUUUGAAAAAAAUUAAUACAAUCGAUAAAAAUAAAUUAUAUCCCUGGAGACAUGUAGCUGAAUUUCAUGCUGAUGGGAAGGGGCAUGUUAACAAAAAGAGAGCAAGAGAUAUUGAAGCUUAUAUCAAAGGCACAUUCUAUAAUGACGUUUAUAUCAAUGUCUCAGCGGUUUUCGUCACAUGUCUUUUUGCUUGGUUAUUUGCUUAUUGGAAUUGCUCUUGGCUUUCUUUAGGGAUUGUCUUUUGUUUUACUGCGCAAAUCUAUAAUAAUGAAUAUAGAAGAUUCAAUAGAAACAUUAGAGAUGAUUUGAAAAGAGUCACAGUAAAGGAAACAUUAUCUUCUAAACUGGAAUCUACAUCUUGGUUAAAUUCUUUUUUGAAAAAAUUUUGGAUCAUUUUUAUGCCUGUAAUGUCUACAGAAGUUAAAAAUCAAUUAAAUAUCAUCUUAGCAACUAUUGAUCCAGGGUUCGGUGUAGAUUCUAUGGAAUUAACAGAAUUCACAUUGGGAUCUAAAGCUCCUUCUAUUGAUGGCAUCAAGACUUAUACUAAAUAUGGUGGCCGUAAAAAAUUUUGCAUGGAUUUAUCGAUUGCCUUUACACCAGGUGAUAUUAAUGAUAUGACUGCAAAAGAAAUUAGUCAAAGAAUUGAACCAAGAGUGGUAUUAUCAUUGAAGAUUAAAAAGGGGAUUGUUUCAAAAGAUUUGAAAGUCAUUUGUGAAAAUUUAAAUGUCUCAGGUAUUGUAAGACUUCUCUUUGAAUUUAGUUCAGUAUAUCCAAACAUUAAGGUUGUAUCUUUACAAUUAUUAAAACCACCACAGAUCGAUUUUGUAUUGAAACCUUUAGGUGGUGAUACAUUGGGUCUAGAUGUAAUGUCAGCAUUCCCAGGUUUUAAAGAUGCUGUUCAAUCCUCUAUUAAUGGUACUUUAGGUCCAAUGAUGUAUGCUCCUAAUAAAUUAGAUAUUAAUAUUGAUGAAUUGAUGUGUGCUACUCAAGGGAAUGAUGCUAUCGGACUUUUAGUCAUUACCAUUAAUUCUGCUAAUUCUUUAAAAUCCUCUGAUUUUAUUACAAAUACUGUAGAUCCUUAUAUUAUUUUCAAAUUAGAUAAAAGGGUUAAUGAACAAAUCGAAAUUGAUCCUAAAACUUCUAUUAAAUCGGAUACGAAGACACCUGUUUGGAAUGAAACUUAUUAUCUUCUUAUUAAUGAUUUAAAACAAAACUUAACCAUGUUGAUGUAUGAUUUUAAUGAUGUUAGAACAGAUACUUUUAUUGGUGAAAUCGAAUUUAAUUUAAUGGAUUUGUUAGAAGACCCAUCAUUGAAAAGCACAACUUCCACGCUAGUGAAAAAUAAUAAACCAAGAGGGAACUUAAAUUAUUCUUAUACUUGGUAUCCAAUAAUUAAUACAGGUGACGAUAAAUUAUUUUCUACCAAUAAAGACGCAGCUCAUGAACAUAAUGCAGAUCUAGAUUCUUUAGCCAAUGAAAGAACAGCCACUACAACUACGACAUUAGGUUCAGCUGCUUUUGAAGAAGUAGGAUUGGAUGGAAAUGUUAAUAAUGCUAAUAGUGAAGAAAAUAACAAUAAUAGUUUUGAUAAAGAUGCUGAUUAUGCACAUAGUCAUCAACCUGAAUCAGAUACAGGUAUUUGUAAACUUUCAUUAAAUUCAAUUCGAAAUUUAAACACCUCAGUUACAGCAACCGGUAGAUUAAACCCUUCUGCAGUUUUAUCCUUAGACGGUAAAGUAUUAAGAAAAUUUAGAACUUUGAAAAGAAUUAAUGAACCUUCGUGGGGUGAAACUUAUGAAUUUUUUGUACCAUCUAAACAAGAAGCUCAAUUAAAAUUGGAAGUAUUCCAUGAAUCAUCUUCAUCAAGAAGCUUGAUCUGUGAAUAUACGGCCUUUUUAGAUGAUUUAAUAUCAGGGAGCGGUAAAAAUGCAGAUUUUUAUCAAGGUUCACCACAAGGUGAUAUAUAUAUGCCAAUACAAUGGAAACCGUUACAAGUCGAAGAAAAUAGUAUUUCAAACAAUGCUGCUAGAACAGAUAUCGGUGCAAUUAGAUUAUUUGUUAAAGAAGUUAAUGUUAUUUCACAUUUGGAUGGUAUUGGAGAUAUUGAUCCAUACUUCAAAGUAUACGUUAAUAAAAAAAUCAUGUACGUUUCAAAAUAUCAUUCAGAUUGUUCGAAUCCUUUAUUCAAUACAAAAGUAUAUUUACCCAUCAAAUCGGAAAAUCAAGUUAUCACCAUUGAAUUAUUUGAUUAUCAAAGUGUUGGUAAGGAUAGACUAGUAGGGACAACUCAAAUCGCUGUAUCUAAUUUGAUUAAAAGAGAUAAAAAUGCGGGAAAUUAUAUUUGUGAUAAGAUUCCAGGCCCUUUGAAAAAAUAUUUCUUAGAAAAUAAGGAUCAUAUUACUACCAAUGAUUAUGUUAAUUGUUCAUUGAUUUUUAUACCAGUCAGUAAAGUCUUUUCUCCCGAAGAAUAUGAAUCAAUUGUUGAAUUGGAGAAAGAUUUGAAAGAAAGAAGAGCUAAAUUUGAAGAAAAGCAAUUAUUAUUGAAAAAUGAAAUGGAAAAAAAUCCAAGUGAUUGGGAAAUUGUUAAUAUUAAGGAUCCUUUUGAAGAAGAUGAAAAAGCUCUUCAUAAAAAAGUUAAAAUGACAUUAAAGGAAUUAAUCAAUUGUAACUCAGGUAUUUUAAGUUUUAGAGUAUAUGAUGGUAAAUUAAGUCAACCAACAGCAUUUUUGCAAAUAUUAGUAGAUGAUGUUGUUUACCCAGCCUUCACUUCUUUAAAAGCACAAAAUGGUAAACUGAUUGGAGAAAUCGGUAGUGUAUUUAUUAGAGAUUUAUCAAAUAGUAUUAUUACGUUUAGAAUAACGAAAAAAUUUAUCGUUAGUGAGCCUGCCGAUAUUAUUAAUGAAAUGACACUAAGUACCACAGAUUUCUUAAAAGCUGGUUAUAUGAAACCAAUUACUUUGGAUUACGAAGGCAAUGUAUUUGAUAUGAAGUUCUUAUACAACCCAACCAUCCAUCCAUUACCAAUUACCGAAAGUGUUGAGGAUACCGGUUACUUAGAUUUAGAUAUCAUAUCUGCUAGUAAUUUAAUUGCUGCUGAUAGAUCUGGUACUUCUGAUCCAUAUGUUUUAAUCUUUAUUGAUGGUUUGAAAAUGUAUAAAUCAAAGAUUGUGGAAAAGACCUUGGAUCCUAUUUGGAAUGAAUCCGUAAAAUUAUAUAUUCCAUCAAGAGCACACUCUACUAUUCUAAUCAAAUUAUACGAUUGGGAUAUGGUUAGUAGUGAUGAUUUCUUAGGAGAAACUUUACUAGACGUAUCCAAAAUGGAAAUCGAGGAAACUACCUCUUGGAACUUAAACCUGGAUACCCAAGGUUCCAUUCAAUUGAAGGCUACCUUUGCUCCACAAUUUGCUAAACCUCUAUUAGGAAUGAAUGGUGAUAUUGCCAAUAAUACACCAAUGAGAAAGGAAAAUCAUAGAAAACGUGAUGUUAUCAAGACUCCAUUGGGCGUUGUUCAAGGUGGUAUUGGUGGUAUAUUUACAGUUGUUGCUAAGACUGGUGAAUUCAUUAUUGACACAAUGGAUGGUAACAUUAUUAAGAUAAUUGUUCAUGAUGAUGAUAGAGAAUUCAGUAAUGGCAGUAGACUAACUCGUUCAAGAAAGUCUUCAAUUUUUAGUAGGAAAAUGAUCCAUGGUGAUGAAGAUAACGAAUCUUUAAAUGACGGUUUUGGUCAACCUCGAUAUUCAGGACAUUUUAGGCGUCGUAUAAGGAGUAUAGGAAGUAAAAUCGGUGGAAACGAUCAUCUUCAAAAAUUUAAAGAUCAUGGGAAGGGAGCUGUCAGUGAAGUCAAUAAUGAUUUCAAAAAUUUUACUGGAAAAUUAGAUGAUAACACCAACUUCCAAAGGAUUACAGGGCCUGGAAAACAAUUGGGGAAACAUCUAGGUAAAGAUUUUCAAACCAUGAAAGAUGAUGCUAAAAAUUUAAAAAGUAAAUCAUUAACUGAUGUGAGAAAACACUAUGGAUCAAUGAAAUUUCCUCACCUCCAUCCUGAGAAAUACAUAAGAUAG